UAGACUACGGUAAUGAUAUAAGACAAAAUGAAGUACGACGACGUUGUACAAGAAAUAGGUUUUGGAAAAUACCAAAAAAGAGCUGUAGUUUUAUUACUUCUGAGUUGCAUUCCAAACGGAUUGUAUGUUAUGCUAUCUGUGUUCAUAUUCGAUAUUCCCGAACAUAUCUGUCACGUUGGAGCUCACGAUUCGAAUAAGACAAACAUCAUCAAUGCCACGUUCAACAACUACAUCCCAUGGGAGGAAAACGACGCUGGUGAAACGAGUCCAAGCAAAUGCAAAAGAUAUAUGUGGAAUGAAACAGAGAAUAUCCACAAUAGAACAACAAUGGAUUGUGACCAGGGAUGGAAUUAUUUAACAAAAUUCGACGAAACAACGGCAGUAAUGGAGUGGAAUCUCGUCUGUGGAAAAUCUUGGAUAAAACCUGUCAUUAUAUCUGGAUACAUGGCAGGAACACUCAUUGGGGGAACAAUUGGAGGAACAGUAUCCGACAGAUACGGACGAAAAGUAAUAUUUUUAUCUGGACUUGCUAUACAAUCCAUCUUUAUUGUCCUGCUCGGAUUUUCCAACAAUUUCAUCACGAUGACCAUCUUAUAUGCUGUUGCAGGAUUUGGAGGCCCAAUCAACUACUCGGGAGCCUUUAUCAUAAGUACUGAACUUGUUGAUCGUUCUAAACGUGCCUUAGUUGGAAACCUUGCAAAUGGUGCGUUUACAGUUGGAUACAUGAUGCUUCCUGCAUUCGCAUACUUCAUUGUAGACUGGAGAUGGUUGUGCUAUAUAAUAGGAGGAUUAGGAAUCAUAUUUGUGCCGUACUGUUGGUUGGUUCCAGAAUCCCCUCGUUGGUUAAUUGCAAAUGGAAAACCAGAAGCUCACUCGUUGAUAUUGAAAAUUGCGAAAAUAAACGGGAAACAAACAAACAAUCUAGAUUUAUCCCAAAUCAACGCAAAAGAUGACGAAGUAAAUGUUGAGGAAUCUUUCAAACCAACGUUGUUAGAUCUUGUGAGACACAGAUCAGUCAGAAAUCGAACCUUUGUUCUCGCAUUUAUUUGGCUGACUGUGGCAUUAACGUAUUAUUGCAUUAGCUUGGGAACUUCAAAUUUAGGAGGAAACAAAUUCAUCAACUGCUUUGUUGCAGCUGGAGUUGAAAUACCGUCUUUCUUUCUGGUAUAUUUUUCCAUGGAAAAGUUUGGGAGACGAAGCACCCUUGCAUUUUUUUUAGUUAUCACAGGAAUAUCUUGUAUAUCGGCGCCAUUGCUUCUCAAAGUUGACAAAAAUUUGAUGACCGCUUGUGCAAUGCUUGGAAAACUUUGUAUCUCGGGUGUAUUUUCAGUCGUAUACAUUUAUUCUACUGAGUUAUAUCCAACUCAAAUAAGAAAUAUGGGAUUGGGGGUCCUCUUCGCAAUCGGAAGAAUUGGAACAAUUUCAGCUCCUUACGUGGUCUUUGCAGGAGAGAAUGCUGGACGAGAAAUUCCAUACAUAACAAUUGGAUGCUGCACAAUCCUGGCAGCCGUUAUCUGCUUACUGUUGCCAGAAACAAACAACGCCAAACUGCCAGAAAAAAUGGAUGACAUCAUCAAGCAAGAAAGAAAAAUGACAAUAGUUAAAAUUUAACUCCGUUUACUCAACGAAAUUUUAUUCGACUAAGCAAGUCGAUUGCAAUAUAUUAAAGUUGUUCCGUCCAGAAAUUUUGUCGACCAUACUCUAUUGGAGGCACUGUGUAAAAUUUACGUGUAACUAUUUUCUAAAAGGGCAUUGCGUAAGUUAUAUAUUGAUCGUUCGAAAAAAUAUAUAUUUAUACUUAUUUGAUAAUAAAUUUCAAACGGAGUAAU